UGAAUGUGCAAGAGACGUGCAUCCCCGGACCGGGAGCCAAGCAGUGUCUCAUCUCGUAUUGCCCCGCCACUGAUGCAAACGAAGAUCGCGCGGGGACGACAACCUUAAUUACACUGCGUCUCCCGUCCAACAUCCGCUCACCUCAUCACUUUCAAUUUCUUCCCCCACCAUUGAUCAUUGCACUCAACACUCAGCCCUAUCUCCAGUUCAAUAAUCAUAAUCAUGGCAAUCGACCACACAAGCCUCUACGUCCCCGAAGCCCAAUUCCAAGCCUGCCUAGCCUUCUACCUGGCCGCCCUCAAGCCGCUAGGCUACGAGGUGCGCUACCAAUUCGGCGAGUUCAUAGUGGGACUGGGCUCAGUCCACGAUGACAUCGGCCGCUACCGCAAAGCCGACUUCUGGGUGUUUGGAUCCAAGGAGAUUCCCGCGCGUGCGGCGCAUAUUGCGUUUACUUGUCACGACCACGCAACCGUGGACGCGUUCCACGCCGCCGGGGUGCAGGCCGGGGGCACGGACAACGGGGCCCCCGGAUUGCGGCCGGAUUACCAUGCCACGUACUAUGGGGCUUUCGUGCUGGAUCCCGCGGGGAAUAACAUCGAAGCGGUGGAUCAUGGGCUUCGUUGAGGGGGGGGGGGG